UGUAUAAAAAGUAUCGACACUCGCACAUUGUCACAGUCAAGCUCUGACUAGCAAAUUAACAACAACAAUGGCAGCCAAAUUCUUCGUAGUCCUCUCCCUGGCCGUGGCGGCGUCGGCCGUGCCGCUGGUGCCGGUAGCGAAGGUGGCGUACGCGGAGGUGGAGGCGCCCGCGCACUACGAGUUCCAGUACUCGGUGCACGACGAGCACAGCGGAGACAUCAAGCAGCAGCAGGAGGCGCGCGCCGGCGACGCCGUGCACGGCUCCUACUCGCUGCUGCAGCCCGACGGCCUGACGCGCGUCGUCGAUUACUCCGCCGACAAGGAGCACGGCUUCAACGCCGUCGUGCGCUACGAGGGCCACCCCGCGCCCGCGCCCGCGCACCCCGUCAAGCUCGCCUACGCCGCCCCCGUCGCCAAGGUUGCCUACGCCGCCCCUGUAGCCAAGGUUGCCUACGCCGCCCCCGUCGCCAAGGUUGCCUACGCCGCCCCUGUAGCCAAGGUUGCCUACGCCGCCCCUGUUGCCAAGCGAUAUAUUGUAUUAUGUUCUGCGGCAGCGGCUGUGGCCGUCCCCGCUGUGCCACUCGCCAAACUAGCGUAUGCCGAGCCCGAGCAACCUGCUCAGUACGAAUACUCCUACACCGUGGAGGACCAGCACAGCGGCGACAUCAAGCAGCAGAAGGAGAACCGUAACGGAGACGCUGUCCACGGCUACUACUCGCUGAUUCAGCCCGAUGGCACCCAGCGCAUCGUGGAGUACACCGCCGACAAGGAGCACGGCUUCAACGCCGUCGUGCGCUACGAGGGCCACCCCACCGUCGCGCCCGCUCAUGUCGCCAAGGUCGCCUAUGCUGCUCCCGUAGCUAAGGUGGCUUACGCCGCUCCCGUGUCUAAGGUCGCCUACGCACAGGCCCCGGUCUCCUACGCUGCGCCCGCCCACGUCUCCUACGCCGCCGCGCCCGCCCAAGUCUCUUACGCCGCUCCCGCCCAAGUUUCUUACUCCGCUCCUGCUCAUCAAGUCACCUACGCCGCUCCCGCUCAUCAAGUCGCCUACGCCGCGCCCGCUCAGGUCGCCUACGCUGCGCCCGCCAAAGUAGCCUACGCUGCACCUGUCGGACACGUGAGCUACUCAUCCCCCGCCUACUCUUACCAUCACUAGAUUCUAAGUGCCAUAUCGUUUAUUUAUUUUGUUAAAUACAACCACUUAAUCAA